CUUACAAUGUGUUUGAUGAUGCGUGUCCAGAUAUCGGUGUGAUGAGUGGCUGCAUCAUCUUCAUCGAGAAGGACCUCCACAUCACGGAGGUGCAGCAAGAGCUGCUGGUGGGAUGCCUCACCUUCAUCUCCCUCCUUGGUUGCCUUGCCGCCGGCCGGACCUCGGACGCCAUUGGCCGGAAAUGGACCAUCGGCCUCGCCGCCGCCGUGUUCCAGGCCGGCGCUGCCAUCAUGACGUUCUCGCCUUCCUUCGCCAUGCUCAUGGCAGGCCGGUUGCUAGCUGGCAUCGGCAUCGGCUUCGCCGUCAUGGUCGCGCCCGUGUACAUCUCGGAGAUCUCACCGGCCAUGAUGCGGGGCUCCUUCGCGUCCUUCCCGGAGAUCUUCGGCAGUCUAGGCAUCCUCCUCGGCUACGUAUCCAACCUCGUCUUCGCUGGCCUGCCCGACGGCAUCAACUGGCGCGUCAUGCUUGGUGCCGGCAUCCUCCCCUCCAUCUCCAUAGUUUUCGUGCUGCUGGUCAUCCCGGAGUCGCCGCGGUGGCUCGUGAUGCAGAGUCGGGCGGGCGACGCGCGCGCGGUGUUGCUCAAGGUCACGGACAGUGAGGAGGAGGCGGAGGCGAGGCUCGCAGAGAUCGAAAUGGCCGCGCGUGUCACUACCUCCUCCAGCGAGGCGGUGUGGCGGGAGCUUCUCCGGCCGUCGCCGGCGAUCCGCCGGAUGCUCGUCACCGGGCUGGGCAUCCAGUUCUUACAGCAGAUCACCGGCAUCGACGCGCUGGUGUACUACAGCCCGACCAUAUUCCGCGACGCCGGCAUGGCAACGGAUACCCAGCUCCUCGCCGCCACCGUCGCGGUGGGGUUCUCCAAGACGGCGUUCAUCGUGGUCGCUAUCGUCCUGGUCGACCGCAUCGGCUGGAAGCCGCUCCUCUACAUCAGCACGAUCGGCAUCACCGUGUGCCUGGCUCUGCUGGCCGCGUCGCUCGCCCUCCUCGCUCACGGCGUGCUGCCGACGGGCGCGGCGAUCGGGCUCGCCGUCGCGACGGUGUGCGGCUUCAUGGCCUUCUUCUGGGUGGGGAUGGGGCCCGUCAACAUGGUGCUGAGCUCGGAGAUCUACCCGCUGCGGCUGCGCGCGCAGGCCGUGGGGGUGGGCGUGGCACUCAACAGGAUGACCAGCGGCGCCGUGUCCGUCGCCGGCGCGUUCGCCGCGUUCGCGGUCAUCUCGGCGCUGUCCGUGGUGUUCGUGCACAGGUUGGUGCCCGAGACGAGAGGCAAGACGCUAGAGCAGAUCGAGUCGCUGUUCGGUGGUGGCGGCGCGGCGCUCGGCGAGGUGGAGAUGGAGCUCGGCGACGCGGAGCUUCUUGUGCACAAAAGAUUAGUUUCACACGCUUCGAGGCUUCCAAAUGAAUAGAGGAUUCAUCCGCGAACCUGGUUCAUUUGAACCUGGUUCGUUGUUUUUCUUUUUGAGCAUCACUAAGCCUCGUAUGCAGGUUACCGGUGCCAUGGUGUACAAACACCAUUGUAUAAAUGAUGAGUAUUGGAUUCAGAACAUGUUUG